CGGGGCAGGGGGCGCUGGUCAGAUUUUCAUGAUAAGCUUUCCUUUGAAAAGAAAAUAUUGUUGAAAUGAAUCAGCAGGGGUAUGUUGCAACACCUCCAUAUUCUCAGUCCCAGCCAGGAAUGGGAGGGUUUUCUACUGGCUUUGGACAACCGGCUUCUUCCCCUCUGUAUGGGCACUAUGGUGAUACAAAUCCAUCAUCCUCUGCACCUCAGUCAGCUAUGUUGAAAACAAACGUGCCUUUUGGGUCUGCUGCUCCCAUUGGAUCUCCACCUCAAAACACCCACCAGUUUAACCAACUCAGUCACCAGAAUGGACCUAGCACUGCAGCUCAACAACCACACAGGUUUCCAGCUUCUCCAGCUUCUUAUCCCCCAUACUGCCAUCCAUCACAGUCCUCCUAUCUGAACAGCCCUCCCUCUUCAUCUACAGUACAGCUGGCUAAUCAGCUUGGCAGCAUGCAAAUAAAUAGUUACGGUCCCAGUAAUGCUCCAAACACUCCGCCUUGUCUGCCUUCUGGCCUUCCGCCAUCUUUGCCAGGUCCACCGCCUCGACCACAUCAGAUGCCCUUGUCGUCCGGACCUCAGAUUUCUCCACCGCCAGCAAAUAACUUGACUAAUCAGUGCUGUCCACCUUCAUUUCCUUCAAUGGCCAGGCAGGAGGGGAUUCCUGGCCCAAGCCCAUCGAACACCAACUUGCCACAGCAACCCUCCGGCGAACCCCCAGGGCCUGGGUUUCCUCCACAGUAUGGAAACUAUGGCCCUCCAAUGGGAGGGGCACAGCUGUCUUAUCCAGGUGGUCUUCCCUCAGGUCCAACACAAUUGGCUGGACCACAGCAGAGGAAACUUGAUCCUGAUUCCAUCCCAAGCCCAAUUCAGGUAAUCGAAAAUGACAAAGUUGCUAGAGGAGACCAAAUCUAUGCUACUAACAUCAGAGGUCAAGUUCCUCCACUGGUUACUACAGAUUGUGUGAUCCAAGAUCAAGGUAAUGCCAGUCCUCGUUACCUUCGAUGUACCACCUAUUGCUUUCCUUCAUCUUCAGAUCUGGCAAAACAGGCUCAGAUUCCUUUAGCUGCUAUCAUCAAACCUUUUGCAAAUGUUCUACCAAAUGAGACACCCCUUUACAUGGUAAACCAUGGGGAAACGGGGCCUAUCCGGUGCAACAGGUGCAAAGCAUAUAUGUGCCCCUUCAUGCAGUUCAUUGAGGGGGGAAGAAAAUAUCAGUGUGGAUUUUGUAGCUGUGUGAACGAUGUGCCUCCAUUCUAUUUUCAACAUCUGGACCACGUUGGCAGAAGAAUAGACCACUACGAAAGGCCAGAGUUAUCUCUAGGAUCAUACGAAUAUAUUGCUACUUUAGAUUAUUGCAAGAACAACAAGCCUUCACAGCCACCAGCCUAUAUCUUCAUGAUUGAUGUGUCAUACAAUAACAUAAAGAGUGGUCUUGUUAAGCUCAUCUGUGAGGAACUAAAGACUGUGCUGGAUAGACUUCCAAGGGAGAAACAAGAGGAGGCGUCAACUAUCCGAGUUGGAUUUGUUACAUACAAUAAAGUCCUCCAUUUCUUCAAUGUGAAGAGCAAUCUUGCACAGCCUCAGAUGAUGGUCGUCACUGAUGUCAGUGAAGUGUUUGUGCCUUUGCUGGAUGGCUUCCUUGUCAACUUUCAAGAGUCACGAUCAGUUAUAAAUAACUUGCUAGACCAGAUUCCAGAGAUGUUUGCAGACACUAAUGAGAGCGAGACUGUCUUUGCUCCUGUGAUCCAAGCUGGAAUGGAAGCCCUAAAGGCAGCAGAAUGUGCUGGAAAGUUGUUUAUCUUCCAUGCUUCAUUGCCAACUGCAGAAGCACCAGGGAAGCUGAAGAGCAGAGAUGAUAGAAAACUGGUCAAUACAGAAAAGGAGAAGACGCUGUUUCAGCCCCAGACAAAUAUUUAUGAGACCCUGGCCAGAGACUGCGUUGCUAAUGGCUGCUGUGUGGAUCUGUUCCUUUUCCCAAACCAGUAUGUUGAUGUAGCCUCCAUGGGCCUUGUUACUAUGCACACUGGAGGAACUCUGUACAAAUACAACAAUUUUCAGGUACAUUCUGACAAUCACCAAUUUCUGAAUGACCUCAGGAAGAAUAUAGAAAAAAGGAUGGGAUUUGAUGCUAUCAUGAGGGUUCGUACCAGCACAGGUUUCAGGCCAACAGACUUCUUGGGAGCCAUUUACAUGAACAACACCACUGAUGUUGAAAUGGCGGGAGUAGAUUGCGACAAAGCAGUGACGGUGGAAUUCAAGCAUGACGACAAGUUGAAUGAAGACAGUGGGGCUCUAAUCCAGUGUGCAGUGCUUUACACAUCCAUGGGUGGUCAAAGACGACUCCGCAUACAUAACGUGGGGCUUAACUGUAGCUCCCAGUUAGCUGAUGUCUACAAGAGCUGCGAGACUGAUGCGCUAAUGAAUUUCUUUGCUAAAUCGGCAUACAAAGCCAUUCUAAGCCAACCUUUGAAGACUGUCCGUGAGAUCCUGGUGAAUCAGACAGCUCGCAUGUUGGCAUGUUACAGAAAGAACUGUGCCAGCCCAUCUGCAGUGAGCCAGCUUAUCCUUCCUGAUGCAAUGAAGGUGCUCCCCGUCUACAUGAACUGUCUUCUGAAGAGCUGUGUGCUUAUGGGCAAGCCAGAAAUUCCCACAGAUGAAAGAACCCUUCACAGGCAGCUGGUCAUGUCCAUGGAUGUUGCUGGCACCCAACUUUUAUUCUACCCACAGCUACUGCCAAUUCACACUAUGGAUGCAAAUAGCGACGUAUUCCCCUCUGCUGUUCGCUGCUCAGAAGAACGUCUUUCUGAAGGAGGGUUGUUCUUGUUGGCCAAUGGGCUUCACAUGUUCUUGUGGCUGGGAGCCAGUGCCCCGCCAGAACUUAUCCAGGGGAUAUUUAAUGUGCCUUCCGUCGCACAUGUCAGCACUGAGGCUACUCAACUUCCAGAAGUGGAGAAUCCCUACUCUACGAAGCUGAGGUCAAUGAUAGAUCAGCUCCAGAGCAAAACGCCUUAUUUCAUGAAGAUCCUGAUUGUGAAGCAAAGAGAACAGCCAGAGAUGGUUUUCAAACAAUUCCUAGUUGAAGACAAGAAUGUUUACGGAGGAGCUUCUUACGUGGAUUUCUUAUGUUGUGUUCAUAAAGAGAUCUGCCAACUGCUCAACUAAUGAAUGCUUGAAUAUUAAUUCUUUUGCAUCUUUCAAGAGGGACUAUUCUUAAGUGACCAAACACCACAAGGUGCUUUUUAAUGCGACUUGUUUGUACAGUUUCUAAUUUCAUACACUAGAGCCCUUUUUCAUAAUAAUGUACCCAAAUUACAGUUAUGUAGAAUAAGCAAGUUUGUGCUCAGGUAUAACUCCUGUGGGAGAGCCUUUACCUUUCUUUACAAAGAAAUAACUUUCUUAUGGCAAGCUUUGGAAUCCUGGAAUCUGUCAAAGCUUAAAGCAUGUGGUUUUCAUUUCAAAAACUUUAAUAAAUUGCAAA